ACCCUAACAAAACUCUAUAUAUAGAGCACCACAAGGCUUCUUAAACUAUUCAACCAUUCUUCACUUAAAAAUCAGCUUCUUACCUGAUCAUCUCUACUUGUUUACCCACCUUCUUCAUUCUCAGCUAAACAUACACAAAAUGGAUGGAAAGAAGCUGGAGUACAAAGGUGACAAGGCACUCAAGGAGCUCGACAAGCUGACCCGAAAAGCCGAUGAGGUUCAAGAGAACCUGCUCAGAGAGAUUUUAACAAGAAAUGGCGAGACUGAGUACUUGAACAAGUACUUGUUUGGAUCGAAAGAUAUCUCGGAGUUCAAGAAAAGCGUGCCUGUGAUCACGUAUAAGGCCAUCCGUCCUUACAUUCAGAGGAUUGCCAAUGGUGAAGCCUCUUCUCUCAUUACUGCUCAUCCCAUCACUGAGAUGCUGUGCAGCUCGGGCACGUCUGCUGGAGAGCCGAAGCUGAUGCCCUCUAUUGAAGAAGAUCUUGAUCGCAGAACUUUUCUUUAUAACCUCAUCAUGCCUAUCAUGAAUCAGUACAUUACAGGCCUUGAUGAAGGCAAGGCCAUGUUCCUCUACUUUGUCAAGGCCGAGAUGUCCACCCCUUGUGGCUUACCGGCUCCGACUGUCCUCACCAGCUACUACAAAAGCAAGCACUUCAAAUUCCGGUCACGCGAUCCCUACACUGAUUUCACAAGCCCUGAUGAAGCUAUUCUCUGCAAUGACAGCAACCAAAGCAUGUACUGUCAAUUGUUAGCUGGCCUAGUUCAUCGCAACCAAGUCCUACGCCUCGGAGCUGUUUUUGCAACCGCCUUUCUUCUAGCCAUCUCUUUUCUUAAACGUAAAUGGAUGAAUAUAUGCAAUGACAUAAGGGAUGGUCAAGUAGACCCUACAGAGGUCACUGACCCUAAAUGCAGGACUGCUAUGUCAGCAAUCCUAUUAAGGCCAGACCCUCGUUUGGCAGACGAAAUCGAGGCCAUAUGUAGCAGGGAUUCAUGGAAGGGCAUAAUUUGUCAGCUUUGGCCUAAAGCUAAGUACAUUGAAGCUGUUGUCACAGGCUCUAUGGCACAAUAUAUACCAUCUCUGCAGUACUAUAGUAAUGAGAAAUUGCCACUGGUUUGUCCCAUGUACGCUUCCUCAGAGUGCUAUUUUGGUGUGAAUUUGAAGCCUUUGUGUUCACCGGAUAAAGUUUCGUUUACUCUGUUGCCUAACAUGGGCUACUUUGAAUUCAUACCUCUGGGAGUGAAUGGGACACUUGUUUUAGAUGUGGAUGAAGAUGAAGAGGUGCCGCAGAGUAAGCUCAUCGGCUUAGUGGAUGUUAAACUUGGUUGUUAUUAUGAACUAGUGGUUACCACAUUUUCUGGACUAAAUCGAUAUAGAAUUGGCGAUGUGCUGCAAGUGACUGGCUUCCACAAUAAAGCCCCUCAAUUUCGCUUCAUCUGCAGAAGAAAUGUUGUUCUGAGCAUAGACAAUGACAAAACCAACGAAGAAGACCUUCACAAGAGCAUUACUGUGGCCAAAAAGCUCCUAGAACCAUACAAUGCUCUGCUUGUAGAGUACACUAGCUAUGCAGAGACGUCCUCUGUCCCCGGUCACUAUGUUAUCUACUGGGAAAUAAUACAAUGCUCAUCAGCAUUAUCAUCAUCUCUAGUAAAAAAUAAAACCAUGAAUGAGAUUUUGACUAACCAGCUCGAUCUGAACGUCCUCGAAGAUUGCUGCAUUGCAGUUGAGGAAGAAUUGGACUACAACUACAGGCGUUGUCGCGCCAAUGAUAAGUCCAUUGGACCGCUUGAGAUCCGUGUAGUGAAGCCAGGGACUUUCGAGUCACUGAUGGAUUUUUUUAUCAACCAAGGAGGUUCCAUUAAUCAGUACAAAACACCCAGAUGCAUCAAAUCCUCGGCUGCACUCAAACUACUCGAUUCGAAUGUGAAGGCUCGCUUCUUUAGCCCCAGGGAUCCUACAUGGACCCCUUGAAUGUGAUUAUGUGAAGCAUCAGUGCAAGGCAUAAGAAAGAGAGACUUGAAUAAGUAAUCUAAUACUAUUAACUGCUAAUUUAUAUUGUAGGAUGACUUUAAUUAUCAGUAAUGAUCAGCUUAACUCUGCAGUUUUGCUAUGGAGAUCAUGUCUGUUGCAAUAAUCUCAUAUGUUACAUUGCUAGUUAUUCAACCCCUUGCAAUCAAAUCAAUAUAAUAUAUCUACUGUUUAGAGUC